ACGAGGGAGGAUUGCCAAACGCGGACGCCCUGUCAGUGUCAUGCGCAGGGAGGCCUAUAAUUUCACUUAUAGACCUUUACUCUCGUUAUGACCAUUUUCCUGUGUACCUGCCAGAUAGGCAGGUGACGUCGAUGCAUAUGCCAAGGGGGCUGAUCCACAUGAACGUGGCCCCUUAGGGUUGGACUAAUGCGGUGGCGAUGGUGCAAAGGCACAUGAUUAGGGCUAUGCAGACGGUUAGUCCACAUAUUACUCAGCCCUACAUUGAUGAUCUGGCGGUCAAGGAUCCAAAGGAGAAGGAGGAAGAUGAAGUGAUGCCAGGAGUGAGGCGGUUCGUCUGGAAGCACAUCCAGGGUAUCGACCAAGUUCUGGAUCUGCUGGAAGAACACAACCUGACGGCGAGCGUCCCCAAGUCGAAGCAUUGUAUGAGGGAGGCCACGAUUCUGGGCUUUGUCUGCAACGAAAAGGGGCGGAGGCCAGAUGUGAAGAAAAUGGACAAGAUCCUAGAGUGGCCAGUCCCCUUCUUGUCAAUAACGGACCUGAGGAGUUUCCUUGGGACCUGUGGAUUUUGGAGGAGUUUUGUGAAGGACUUCGCCACCAAGACGGAGCAUUUGAGGAAGCUGGUACGUCAGGAUCAGGAAUGGGUCUGGGGCAAGGACCAAGAAAAGGCGGUGGAAAGGAUGAAGAGAGAAUUCAAGGAAGGAGGCUUGGUGUUGGGAGCGCCGAAUUAUGAGGCCACGGAGGAAAAACCAUUCGUUGUCGAGACGGACGUCGGGCCAACUGCCUUAGGAGGGGUCCUGAUUCAGGCAGACGCGGAUGGAAAGGAGAGGCCGUUAAGGGCGGAUGGGUUGAGCCGUAUCAAUUGGGACGGGGCGAAUCAAGAAUCAAUUGAGGAUACCCUACUAGUCGACGGGUUCUUGGAUCAGGAGGAGGAUGUCCGCCUCCACAUAAAUGAAUGGUCGCUGAGGGUGCCUAGCUGUGUCGCGCAUCCCAUAUGGCUAGCACCAAAGGGGUACGAGCGGAAGGAAGAGCUGGUCCUCAAGCCUUUCCAGGAGGAAGAUCCGUGGGGGAGUAGGGAUGUUGGCUGGAUGAUGAAGUUGGCAUUGGCAGACACACAUAGUCUGGCGGAAGAGAAGAGGASGAUAGAAGAAGRGYCAACCCAGGUAGAGGAACAUGAGCAGUUAAUGGGAGGAAUGUACUUGCUCACCAAUACGCUCCUGCAGGGGAACUUUAACCAGAGGAGCGCARCCGGUUCCGAGGAGUGCGAACUUCUUAUCCCUGAAAGCCAGGACGACGAGUUCGAAGAGGGAGAGAUUAGGGAGGCCUUCCGUGCUGAGGAGUAUGACGGGAUCUAUCGGAAGUUGGGGUUACUCCUGUCGUGCGAAAUAAGGGAUAGGGACGCAAGUGCUAAAGCCCAGAAGAUGAGGCAUCUCUACGUAGUAAGAGAUGACCAUCUGUUUAUAAAGCGACAAGUUGGGAACCCCAAGAGGAUCGUAUGUGGGAGGAACCGACAGAUUGAUGUCAUAGCAGCUUUACACGAUGGUAUAGCAGGGGGGGCACAGAGGGGUUACUGCCACGUGCGCAAAGAUAAGUGAGCUCUACCAUUGGGAUGGAAUGCUGACUAUGGUCAUCAAGUAAAGCCAGUCCUGUGUA